GUCACAACUCUCAGAACUUUGGACUUUGAUUUUUUUUUGCUGAUUUUUUCACAGAUUUCAAACUCUAUUUUCUUUGUCUCUUUAGGUUGUUUUGAUGAUUAGGGACUAGAUCAGGGCUUUUUCACUUAUACCUGUAUAAAGUAUUCCCUAUAUAUAUCCCAUAAAUCAUUAUAAUUAUACCUAUUUUUUUUUUAACCCAAAUUACACUGGAAAUAACAAUUAUGCCAAUUAUAAUGAUUCCAAAUUACAUGCACUAAAAUGCACUGCCAGAAGAAUUGGAUUAACUUAUAAAAGGACUUGCACUACUGAUAUGCUUAAGCUCUUUUAAAUGGCCCUGGCUGCAGUCAGGGAAUGUAUGAUAGAGCUGGGAAACUCUUGUCAGUGGUCUCAAUUCUCACACCUCCUAUGCUGGGCAUGGAAGGAUGUUAUCAAGAUCAAAAGGAAAAAUGCUGCACAGAUCUCACACCCUAAUCCCCUGCACAGAGCAAAUGAGCUUGUUGAUUCUUGAGCCACAACUUCCAGCUUUAACAGCUUCCACACUUAACAGUGUGGAGCACAUGUGAGAGGAUGUAACAUGAUGUCUAACACAUUCAAGCAUUUCAGUAAGGGAGCGAGUACUGUCUGGUACUGGAGUUUGUAAUUGUUCUAAGUGCUGAGUUAUACUGAAUAAUAAGGGGUCGAAGGUAAUUUUGGGUUGUAGAUUCCCAGGCACUGAUAUCAUAGAUGAAAUGAAUGGUGAGAUGAGAUAAGUUGAAGUGUUACCAAGGCAGGGUGAAAUAUGUAGUACUGUAUCUGAUUUUGGAGAGAAUGCCUACUGUUUUAGAGGCUUUUUGUUAUUUUUAUAAAUGGCAAUGGAAAUUCAGCUUGUUAAUGUGAACACCAAGGAAUUUCCUAUCUACUCUGCUCUUAUAUUGAUGUUAAUUCUUAGGUUAAUUAGAUUGUGGAACUUAUUACUAAACAAUAUGUAAAAGUUUUAUUAAUGUUAAGUUAGCAGUCAGCCACUGAUAGUUUUUUUUUAGUUCAGUAUUCACUGUUAUAUAGAAUAAGUGGGUUAGCAUUAGAGAAAAUGAUGGUUGUGUCAUCAUCAAAUAUCAUUGGCUAAGGUGUUGAGGUAUUUUUAAGAUCAUUGAUGAGAAAGAAGAGUGGAUCAAGUAUAUAACCUUGUGGAAUGCUAGUAUUAAUUGGCAGAAUGGAAAAAGUAGCAUCAUUCACAGAAAAAAUCUGGUGCCUGUUACUGAGAUAAGAUUACAAGUGUUGAAGGGAGUGACCUCUGACUCCAUAGUGUUGUAGUUUGAUAAGUACUACUGAUUUUAUCUGGGAAGGAGUAGAGCUAUUCUGAAGUGUGGCCAUGCAAGUUUUACGACAUGCAUUGGUUGGUGGAACCCAACGCCAUUCCUUCAGGAGGUUGGGCUGUAUUACUCCUGGACUUGGGUAUAAUAUAUCAUCCACUGCAUGCCCCUUCAGAUCAUUGUUUUUAAGCUCAAGGCCCUGUUGUGGAAUGGAAAGAGAAGUCAAGAAAAUAUGGAAAGUUCCGGAAAUGAAAGUAGUUGAAGAAGCAGGAGAAAAUAAUAAGAAAGAGCCACUUCAAAAGAAGUCGUGCACUGUGACGGUUGCCAGUGUUACCGUCAAUCACAUCACACGCAUGCUUGAGGUAAACUGGACUGCAGGUGAAACAGAUGUCUUCCCGUAUGUGUGGUUGCGUGAUAACUGUCUAUGUUCAGCCUGCUUUCAUGCUGUGUCCAACUCCCGCUUGCAUCUCAUCAAAGACUUUGACCUUCAUGCCCAGCCAUCUACUGUCCAGGUUCUGGGGGAAGGUAAACAAGUGGAGGUGGUAUGGAGUGAUGGUCAUAUUGGAAAGUACCCAGCGGCCUGGCUUCGCCCUCGUGCAUUCAAUGCCACUCAACGCUUUGCACGAACACCAAAAUUAAGACUAAACCGUAUCUAUUGGGAUGCUAAGUUACUUGAGAACAUUCCACAAGCAUCAUUCCAAGAGCUUCUCCAAGAUGAUACAGUCUUAUUGUCAUGGCUACAGCAGCUCGAAGUGAUGGGAUUUGUCCUUGUAAGUGGAGCACCAUCUGAACCAGGCCAAGUUUACAAACUCGCAGAAAGGGUGGGCUUCAUUAAGAAGACUCAUUAUGGGGAGAGCUUCACAGUGAAGAAGAAACAAGAUCCCAGCAAUGUGGCCUACCUAAGUGGUCCUCUGCAGCUGCAUGGUGACCUUCCAUAUUAUGAAUAUAUGCCUGGGGUCCAGUUCAUCCACUGUAUCGUCCAGUAUGAGGGUGAAGGAGGGGAAUCUCUCGUCACUGAUGCUGUUCAUGUUGCACAUGAACUGAAGAGGCUGCACCCAGAGAAGUAUCGCAUCCUCACUGACACACCAGUCGACUGGUUUGACAUUGGUACAGAUGAACUUGGAGAAUUUUACAAAGUACUAAAGCGGCCUAUGAUAUGCGUUGAUGCCAUAGGCGAGAUUCAGCGCAUCAACCUAAGCCAACCACAGCGUGACUCAUUCUUCUCUAUCCCAGCAAAUGAAGUGGCUGGCUGGUACAAUGCCAUGGUUACAUAUUAUCAUCUUCUGUCCGACCCCUGCUACUGUCUUCGGUUCAAGAUGGCACCUGGUUCCAUUUUGACUUUUGACAACCUGAGAAUUGUUCAUGGUCGCACUGGUUAUGACUUGGGUCCAGGGGAGAGACACGUUGAAGGCUGCUACAUGGACUGGGAUGAGGUCAGGUCACGACGACGCGUUCUUGAGGUAAAAUUUGGUGUUCAUUCCCCAGAAUGAGCCACUUACGUAAAGCCAUCUAAAUUUUUAUAUAUUUUAUAUUAAAGUAGUUCAGAUUGAUGAAUACAGAAAGUAAAUAUUACCAUAAAGCUUUUUCCUAUACU